ACCCCUAAGCUGCCAGCACAGCAGUCAGAGUGCCAGCCAGAGGCUCAGUCCAUGCUGUGCCCCCUGGACGGUGCAGACGAAGCAGAGCAAGAGGCCUCUGCAUCUCAACACCUAGGAGAGUAAGGACAGAGUGUCACCAGGGCAGAGGACAAUGUUGCGCCGCAAGCCCUCCAACGCCAGCGAGAAGGAGCCCACUCAGAAGAAAAAGCUCUCACUUCAGCGCUCCAGCAGUUUCAAGGAUUUUGCCAAAUCCAAACCCAGCUCGCCAGUGGUGAGCGAGAAGGAAUUUAAUCUGGAUGAUAAUAUUCCAGAAGAUGACUCAGGUGUCCCUACCCCAGAGGAUGCUGGGAAGAGUGGCAAAAAGCUGGGGAAGAAGUGGAGGGCUGUGAUUUCCCGAACCAUGAACAGGAAGAUGGGCAAGAUGAUGGUGAAGGCUCUGUCAGAGGAGAUGGCAGACACUCUGGAGGAGGGCUCACCCUCCUCAACAUCUCCAGACUGCAACCUGGAUAGCCCUGGCCCUGAGAAGAUGGCGCUGGCUUUUUCUGAGCAGGAGGAGCGUGAGCUCCUGGCACUCAGCCGCCAGGCAUCCACAGGCAGUGAGAUCUGCAGCCCCAGCCAAGGCUCUGACAGCUUCAGGGAGGAAGCACCUGCCCCCCAGUACACAGGGCCCUUCUGUGGCCGGGCCCGAGUCCACACCGACUUCACUCCCAGUCCCUAUGACCACGACUCGCUGAAACUGCAGAAAGGAGAUAUGAUCCAGAUUAUUGAAAAACCACCCGUGGGCACAUGGUUGGGCCUGCUCAAUGGCAGGCUGGGCUCUUUCAAGUUCAUCUACGUGGAUGUGCUGCCUGAGGAGGCCGUGGGGCCUGCCCGCCCCAGCCGCCGACAGAGCAAGGGCAAGAGGCCCAAACCCAAGACUCUGCAUGAGCUGUUGGAACGCAUCGGCCUGGAGGAGCACACAUCCACUCUGCUUCUCAAUGGCUACCAGACACUGGAGGACUUCAAAGAGCUGCGGGAAACACACCUCAAUGAGCUGAACAUCACAGACCCUCAGCACCGGGCCAAGCUGCUCACGGCUGCCGAGCUGCUGCUGGAUUACGACACGGGAAGCGAGGAGGCAGAAGAGGGCGCCGAGAGCAGCCAGGAGCCAGCUGCGCACACCGCGUCAGACCUCAAAGGGGACAUUCCGCGUGACUCGGGCUGCUUCGAGGGCUCAGAGAGUGGAAGAGAUGAGGCGGAGCUGGCAGGUGCUGAGGAGCAGCUACAGGGCCUCUCCCUGGCUGGGGAGCCUUAAGUGGAGGUGGCAGCGGGCCGAGGCUGGGCCCGAGCAGCACAGGCCAUGGGGAUGGGCCUGGCCUCCCGCAGUAGCCCGCACUGGAGGACUCUCACUGAGCCAGACCCGGCUGCCCCCACCCCCAGCGCCUAGGGCCACAGAGACUGGCCAGGGCCUUACAGGCUUGGCUGGAGUGGAUGAGGAGACGCUGAGGGCACAUCCCACCUGCCUGCUCCCUCCCUCCACCAGCUACUGACAGCACAGCCCUCUCUGGCCACUGCCACAACAAGUGGGGCACAGAGGAGCCUCCCCACCCAUGUCUUCAUCACCAAGGCCUCCAAAUUCUCCUCGACCCCACACCACCUUCCCCUGUGGUACUGCUCAUGUAAAGGGGGCAAAUCAGUAUUUCAGCUCAAUCUUCAGCUCAAUACUAGGGAAGCUGGCCAUUUAAAAGGAUUCCAAUUAAUCAUGGGUAAAUUCAGAUUGCCCUCAAUAGGUUUGAAGAAAGCCACAUGUACCUUUCCUACUUUCCUUCUUAACUUUGUGAGAGGUUUAGCCACUAAAUCACUAUGUAACUUGAACCAAGUGCCUUCCCCAGUCUGGGUCUAGGACUGGCUGGGAUUAGAAUGGAUAGAUGCUGAGGGCCUUGCCAACUCUCAUAUUCUGUAACAGUAAAUGUCUGCUCUCCUGUUACCUGUGGCCCAAGACACCAGUGGGGUUUACUGAGGGGGUUGGAGGAACCUUGGGCUUGCAAAUAAAAGGGCUCCUCCUGCUCAUCCAUUCCAUACCUUCCCACAUAACUCAGGCUAAAGUGCAACGUCCCCAAGCUGAAAACAAUUCCCAUACCUCAUACAAUGUGCACCUUCCCCUUCCACUCCUGGCUUUCUCAAAUGACUCUUCCCCCAAGGCCAAUGGAAGAUGGUCAGAACAUUGUUUCCAUGGACAGAAUGGCCCCUAAGAAGCUAGAUGCGAGUCUGGACUAACUGGACCUACUUGACCUUUUGUGUGGGCCUUCACAAGCAAAGAAAGCACCUACCUGACAAUGGAAAAUCCGCUAUCCCAACGUUGCUAAAGGUUUUGACAUACCCUGAGCUCCACAAGGGGAGGGAAAGUAUCUAUUGGUGCAAACCUCCCUUGACCCCAGUACCAAAUCUGUGCCCUGAUUUCCAGAAUAACCCUUCCCCUGGGACCAACUGACCCAGGGACAAACAGUGCCCACUACAUUUAGGACUGCCAGCUUAGUGGACACACUUCUAGACCUACUACCAGGAACUUUGGUAAAGCUAGCAUAGGGGGAAGGGUUUGGUGUAAAUAUGAAGGGGGUGGAGGGAGAUAGGUUGGCAGCAAUAAA